AAAAAAAAAAAAAAAGUCUAUCUCAUCAUGCCUUUCACUUUCUCUGCAGGGUCUUUUCCUUUUCUAAAGAGUUCAACAACUUCUCAGCCUAAUAUAAAACAAAAUAAUAAUGUAGAUAAUGUAAAUAAUAUUAAUAAUAAUAUCGUCAAUGAUAAUUUAGAUAUGGGUAAAAUUCCCCUCAAUAAUACUAUAAACGUUAUUCCAUUGGAAAGAAGGGUUCGUUCUUUAGAUAAUUCUACUCCUAAAAAUAAUCGUCGCACUAGUAACGCGAGUAACUUAAAGAAUACUAAUAAUAGAAGGGCUUGGUAUAAAUCUUUAUUUGUUCGUAUACAUCAAACCUUAUCUCGAUCAAACGAUGAUGAUAUUGUUAAUGAUGACGAUAACAACAACAAUAAUAGCAAUGAUCAUGAUUGUGAUGUUAACAAUACUGUUGAGAACAAUAAUGAUGGUUCAGGUGUUAAGGCUGUAACCGAAACUGAAAAUAUUGGAGAGUGUGAUGAUGAUGAUCCUAUAAUAAUGAAAUCAAGGAAUGUUGUAGCUGGGGCUGAAAAAUAUUCUUUCAUAUGUCAUGGGAAUACUCACGACUUUUAUGUUGUAACAAAAAAUGGUUCUAUGUCAAAUGGUUCUAUGUCAAAUGGUUCUAUGUCAAAUGGUACUAUGUCAAAUGGUCCUACUAUGUCAAAUGGUUCUACAAAUGGUUCUACAAAUGGUUCCUUAUCAAAUGGUCCUAUACCAAUUGAUCCUUUGUCAAAUGGUCCUUUGUCAAAUGGUUCUUUAUCAAAUGGUCCUUUAAACCCAUCUAAUUCUUCCCCUAAUUCGGUAUUUGAAGAAUGUGCUAAAACUCCUCGUCAUUUUGCAAAAGAACCUGAAGUGUUGGGUAAAGUUGGUAGAUUUACUAUAGUUAGAGAACGUGCAGAUUUUGAUACUACUUACUUUGAUAAAUGUCAUUGUCAACAAAAACCUUGUCGUUUCUCUUCAAGUGGUUGUGGUGGCACUCAUCCUGUAUUACCCCCUGAUGAUGAGAAUGAUCGUCCUCCAAUUCGUCGUCAACAAGUUACUUCUAUCUCUCAUCAUCAAUCUUGCUCAAAUAAGAGUGAUUCAAAAUCUCGUCGUUCCUUUUAUAGUAAUAAUACUCCUUCCAAUUCUUCAAGAAAUUCUUUACCUUCUUUACAACAAAAGUUUCCCGUUAAUGUUUCUUGUAUCCCGGUUUCAAAAGCUACCACUCCUAACGUUCCUUCUUCAAACUCUUCUUCUAUUUCUCGUGUUAUUUUACCUCAAUCUUCUUCAUCUCCUAAUCUUGUUCACCUAAAUCAACGUUCCAAGAUUGAAAAUAAAAAUAUUUCAAAGAAUCUUCCUAAUUCUUCAAGUAUUAUUGUUGGUGGUAAUUCUGUAAAUAUAAAAUCGACUGAAGAACAACAACGUAGAUUAUCAAUGCCUCCUACCUCUACUCAACCAACUCAACCUUUGAAUUUAAGUUCCUCUUCAACUCCUACCACUCCUACAAAUCCAUCAAAAUUCUCACUUUAUCAUCAUCCAAAUGAACCACCACAUACUACGAUAAAUUCUCAUAGUGGAAGAAAAUUUGAAGUUGAAUGGAAUACCACAGCAAAAAGUUCCUCUUCAAGUUCUACAUCAUCAUCUUCUUCUUCGGAUACUGCUUAUUCUCCCCCUUCAACCAUAAGUAGUGUAUUUAGUAUGGCUUCAAGUCCUGAUAAAAAAUCUACAAUAAAUACCUUGAGUAGACGUUGUAGUACUCUAAGUAGUAAAUGUGGUAGAAAAUUUGAAGUUACAAUUCUCUCCUCCUCCUCUUCUAGUAAUAAUUGUAUUUUAAAUACUUCACCACAUAGUACCAUCGGUAGUGUCAAUAGUAUAAUUGUUGAAGCUGCAAAUAUGGACUCAACAAAGUAUUAAGAUGUGUAUUUAUUGGAGAGAUGUGGCGAUGUAUGCAGUCUUCGUCACCUUGAUUGAUUUUUUAAAAAAAAAAAA